AGAAUAGGGAACCAUCCCCCGUCAAAACCUCGUUCAACAACACUCCCCACCGCAUACACACACACACACACAUUUCUCAUUUCUCAGAAGUCGGAAAUUUUCAUUUCUAAAAUCUUAUAUCACUGAAGAAGAACCAUCAAUGGAGAUCGAGUACCAAGAGGAGUACAUAAGGAAUUCAAGAGGUGUGCAGCUCUUUACAUGUAGAUGGCUUCCUCUCUCUGCCCCAAAAGCCCUGGUUUUCCUCUGCCAUGGUUAUGGCAUGGAAUGUAGCGACUUCAUGAAAGGAUGCGGGACCAAGCUAGCAAGCUACGGGUAUGCAGUAUUUGGAAUAGACUACCAAGGACACGGGAGGUCCAUGGGUGCUCGCUGUUAUAUCAAGAAAUUUGACCACAUUGUCACUGAUUGCUCCAAUUACUUCAAAACCAUCUCUGGACAAGAAGACUACAAAAACAAGAAACGGUUCUUAUAUGGUGAAUCCAUGGGUGGUGCGGUUGCCCUUCUUGUACACCGAAAGGACUCAUCUUUCUGGCAUGGUGCCAUUUUGGUUGCACCCAUGUGUAAGAUAUCUGAGAAGGUGAAGCCACAUCCAAUGGUGAUAAGCAUGCUAACAAGGGUAGAAGAUGUGAUACCAAGAUGGAAGAUUGUUCCUACAAAAGAUGUCAUUGAUGCUGCAUUUAAGGAUCCUGUUAAGAGAGAAGAGAUACGUUCAAACAAGUUGAUUUACCAAGAAAAACCGAGGCUUAAAACAGCUCUUGAAAUGCUAAGGACCAGCAUGGGUCUCGAAGACAGCUUAAACGAGGUCACACUGCCGUUUUUUGUGCUGCAUGGAGAAGCGGAUACAGUGACGGAUCCAGAAGUUAGCCGCGCUCUAUAUGAACAGGCGAGUAGCAAAGACAAGACGAUUAAAUUAUACCCGGGAAUGUGGCAUGGAUUGACCUCCGGAGAGCCUGAUCACAACAUCAAUGUUGUUUUUGCCGACAUCAUUGCAUGGCUGGAUAAACGAUGUGAUGAUGAUAUUGAUCAUGAUUAUAUCACUGAAAAGCAAUUUCAUGACAUUGUGGUUGCUGAUAAAGUGAAUGAUGUCGUGGAAGUGGAAAUCAGUGAAAGUAAACCAAGGCGGAGUAGGCGUCAUGGUCAUGGAAGCUAUCUUUGUGGGUGGAAAGGACGUCGGAUGCACCACCACUCUGCCAUGUAGCCACCGUCCUUUGACUAAAAUAUAUGGUUUUAGUUGUCUUGAAGCAUAACAUUAGGUAUAUGAAUGACUUUUAUGUUUUAUAGACCCACCGAAGCUUUUUCGUAUUGGUUCCAAUUUAGAAUAUAUAUAUUAUAUUAAAGUUCAUAA